AUGGAGAAUAUUGAUGAAGAAUACAAACAUUACUGGGAGACCAACAUGUUUCUCCAAACCGAAGAACUUGAUAGUGGCAGCUGGGGAUUGGAUGAAACGUUUUCAGGAUACUAUGAUUCAAGCUCCCCAGAUGGUGCAGCUUCAUCAAAGAACAUUGUUUCUGAGAGAAAUAGAAGGAACAAACUCAAUCAAAGACUCUUUGCACUUAGAGCUGUGGUUCCCAACAUUAGCAAGAUGGAUAAGGCUUCCAUUAUUAGGGAUGCAAUUGAGUACAUAAAACAUUUGCAUGAACAAGAGAAGAUUCUUGAAGCUGAGAUAAUGGAACUUCAAUCUGGGAUGCCAAAUAAUACUAUUAAUCCAAAUUAUGAUUUUGAUCAAGAGCUUCCAGUGAUGCUAAGGUCAAAGAAGAAGAGAACUGAUCAAUUGUAUGACUCUGUCAGUUCAACAAACUCUCCCAUUGAACUUCUUGAGCUUAGGGUAACAUACAUGGGAGAGAAUACAACAGUUGUGAGUUUGACAUGUAGCAAAAGGACAGACACUAUGGUUAAAUUGUGUCAAGUCUUCGAAUCUUUGAACCUUAAAAUCAUCACUGCCAAUAUCACUUGUUUUUCUGGCACACUUUUGAAGACACUCUUCAUCCAGGCAAACGAGGAUGAUAAAGAUCUAUUGGAGAUAAAGAUCCAAACAGCCAUUGCAUCUCUAAAUGAUCCUCUAAGUCCUAUGAGCGUCUGA